AUGAUAAGAUACCCUCUCCAACAAGCAUCAGGUUCUCAUACUCUUUUCCAUUUGAUCAACCGACUGCUGGUCCUCACAGAUGUAGCUUUGCUAUUGUGGUUUGUGAUGUUUGUACCUGUAAAUUCUGGAAUCACAAUAAUCCUAACUUCGAUUCACUUAGUGUUGUUAACUCCAAGUUUGAUGUACCAUUUGAUGCCUUUUGUUAGAGGAAAGAUUAUGUUCAAAUUGUUUGCUCAUCUGAUCAGUUUUAUUGUUCUAGGUGCAUUCUUCUUUUCUGUGGUUGUGCUUAUUGAUCAAAACAAAAGGCUUGAAAGAUGGGCUAUGAUCAUCAUUAUUUUAUUAAUAACAUUGCCAGGCAGCCUUGUAUCGUUUAGCUUGCUUUUACUGCUGAACUCUGGUCAAAAGAAGCCUCAGAUUAGUUAUUUAUUGACUCAAGAUGGCAAAUUAUACCAAGAAUUUAUGGCAAUUUAAAAGGUUGUAACCACCCAAAGAAAAAUCCGAGGUAUG